AUGUCACACCUGUACCGCCUCCAGAUCCCUUGCUUCCAGACGCUGUCAGGCCAUACCGGACCUGUCACGUGCUGCGCGUUUGAUGCUGAUGGGAGAAGCAUCUGCACGGGGGGCGAGGAUGGAGAUAUUCGGCUCUGGAGAUUCGUGGGAGACUCGUAUCGAUGCGCCAAGGUGAUUGAGCUCGGGCCAGCCAUCACCUGCUGUCAAUUUCAGCCCUCCGGAUUCGAGGACCUGCUUGCAACAGGUUCGACAGACAAUGUCCUUCGAAUCUGGAAAGCUUUCGAGGGUGACUGUAUCAAGACACUCCAAGGGCAUGCCGAGCAAGUCUCCAGCCUGUCCUUCAACCCGAUGAACGGCGAUCUCAUUGUAUCAGGGUCGCACGACUUGACAGCUCGGGUGUGGAGGGUGAGCAAGGAAAAGCACCUGAAGGAGCUUCGAGGGCACAAGGGGCCAGUCGUGCUGUGCUGCUACAACCCCAACGGCGAGCUCGUCCUGACUGCGUCCCAGGACAAAACUCUGCGAUUAUGGAAUCCAAAGACGGGAGAGAGCGUGGCCGUCUUGAAGGGGCACUCCAAGCUUGUGUGGGGAGCUGCCUUCCAUACCAAGACCGAGUGGAUCAUCACUGGAGGGCAGGUAGGCAAUGGAGAUGCUCAUUGA